GGUAAAAAUACAGAAUGGUGGUUCUCUCUCGGUUAGCAACACCCCUUAGGAUAUCAUCAAAGGCUCGACCUGUGAUACUAGUUCAAAACAAUUUUUCCACAUCAUCAGUGCUCAACGUUAAGAUCUAUUCUAGUGCUAAGGAAGCAGUUCAAGAUAUUCCAGAUAAUGCAAAACUUCUUGUCGGAGGCUUCGGAUUGUGUGGUAUCCCUGAAAAUCUGAUUAACGCAUUGAGUGAAACUGGACAGAAAGGUCUGACAUGUGUCUCGAACAAUGCGGGUGUAGACGAUUGGGGACUAGGAAUUCUUUUGAAGUCAAGGCAGAUUAAGAAGAUGAUCUCUUCAUAUGUGGGAGAAAAUGCAGAAUUUGCAAGGCAAUAUCUCUCUGGAGAAUUGGAGCUUGAAUUUACUCCUCAGGGAACCUUGGCUGAACGAGUUCGUGCAGCCGGUGCUGGAAUUCCGGCUUUCUACACACCUACAGGCUAUGGUACGCUAAUCCAAGAGGGUGGCGCACCUAUCAAAUACAGCAAGAGCCAGAAGGGGAAGGUCGAGAUUGAAAGCAAGCCUAAGGAGACUCGUGAAUUCAAUGGCUAUAACUAUGUGAUGGAAGAAGCCAUUUGGGGAGAUUAUGCUUUGAUUAAAGCCUGGAGAGCAGAUAAACUUGGUAACAUUCAAUUUAGGCUGACAGCUGGAAAUUUCAAUAAUGCUAUGUGUAAGGCCAGCAAAUGCACUAUCGUUGAAGUAGAAGAAAUCGUAGAACCUGGUACCAUUGAUCCCAUGGAUGUCCAUAUUCCGUCCAUUUAUUGUGAUCGUCUUGUGUUAGGAAAAAGCUAUAAGAAACCUAUUGAGCGACCUAUGUUUGCUUCGGAAGGACCUGUAAAGCCAUCCACAUCGGCAGCUGGCCGGAGUCGUGAAAUAAUCGCUGCUCGAGCAGCGCUAGAAUUCCAGGAUGGCAUGUAUGUCAAUCUUGGCAUUGGUAUCCCUACGCUCUGCCCGAAUUACAUACCAGCUGGAAUCAAAGUCCAUCUUCAAAGUGAAAAUGGAGUGAUCGGAGUAGGUCCAUAUCCAAAGAAAGGCAAAGAAGAUGCUGAUCUCAUCAAUGCCGGUAAAGAAACAAUCACAUUAUUGCCAGGAGCAUCUAUAUUCGGAAGUGAUGAAUCUUUCGCUAUGAUCCGAGGAUCUCAUAUGGACAUCACAAUACUUGGCGCUCUUCAAGUUUCUCAGCAUGGCGAUUUGGCCAAUUGGAUGAUCCCUGGCAAAUUAGUCAAAGGCAUGGGCGGAGCUAUGGACCUAGUCUCAGCACCGGGAGCCCGAGUCAUCGUGACAAUGGAACAUUGUUCAAAGAAUGGAGAAUCGAAAAUUUUGCCGAAAUGCGAUCUGCCGCUCACCGGUAAAAAUGUGGCGUCACGAAUUAUCACAGACAUGGCUGUGUUCGACGUAUGCAAGAAGAAUGGCCUAACGCUGAUUGAAGUUCGGUCGGAUCUUAGCGUGGAGGAUAUCAAGAAAGCAACUGCUGCACCCUUCAAGGUAUCCGACAAUUUGAAGCCUAUGGGACAGGCACAACUGAACCAACAUUGA